AUGCAAGAGGAAGAAAAGGGGCCUGCCUGGGCGCCCUUGGACGAGGAGACGCUGGUUUGCACAUACCCCAUCACAGACAGAGACUUUCCCUACGACAUCUCCGAAAUACGGCUAAAAUACAGCUACAAACAAGAUAUUGUUAGCAUUUUGGACAUAGACAAUAAAAAUAUACGCGUGAAUGUGGCCGUGGGGUACAUCCGCUGCAGAGACAAAAUGUCGCACGAAGAGUAUGGGCGCUGCUUGAUGCAGCAAAUAGAAAGCGUGCUGGCAGGAAGGCCGGUUGUUGCAAUAGAGGCCAAGAAGGCAGCCCCCGUAAGCAUAGACAUUUCAGACGCCCCCAUCCGGGAGGGAGCCUACAUUCUGUUCGAAUACAGGCAGGAGAACGUGCAGGGAUUCAAGCUGAACGAAGUUGUGCUUUCUGUCUUUUGCAAAAGAUGCAGUGCGCUGAACAUAAAAAAGGUGGGGGGAGACGACACAGACAUAAAGAAAAACACAAAAACCAGAUUUGCUUGCGUAAAGUGCACGCACCAGCUGACAAUAGACAGCACGUUUCACCUGGUCAUUCCCACGGGGGAAAACAGAGAGAACUUGAUGCGCCUGGAGGGACUCGGCGUAUACAACCUGUCGAUUCGCUCGGUUCUUUUCAACGCAAUAUGCAUGCAGUGCAGCGCACUGAGCAUACUGGAGCCUGGAAAGAAGACGGUCUGCAUGUGCGGGGCUGUUCUGGAAAUACGCCCGGAGGGGGGCGCGUACAAAGAGGUCAGAAAAGAGGUCGAGGACAAAAAAAAGACGAAAGGCGACAUGCGGGCUCUUUUGCAAAGCGGGGGAACCUGCGAGCACUACAAGAAGUCUAGCAGGAUAUUUAUAUUUCCGUGCUGCAACACAAGAUACCCGUGCGACAUCUGCCACAACAAAAACGAAGCGCAUCCAGCUGUGUAUGCGAGCCGGAUGGCCUGCGGAAAGUGCGGCGCAGAAGGCCCUGUUGGCCCCGUGUGCGCAAGCAGCGAGUGCAGGGAGGCGCUUACAGGAAAGAAAACGGCGCACUGGGAAGGAGGAAAGGGCUCGCGCAAUAAAGCUACUAUGUCCAGAAAGGACUCGAGGAAGUACAAAAAAUAG